AUGGGGAUGACUCAAAGACCCAUUUCUGCAACCUGGUAAGCUGAGGGUGCUUUUGGACAAACAACAUCAUGGGUCAGGUAGUGUAGGAAGCUUGUAUGGUUAUACAGGUAUCUUAUAUAUAUAUAAAAAGUAUCAAAUUUCCUUAAAGAAAUACAAAUUAUUUUUUAAAUUGUCUUCUAUGCCAUUCCCUCUCAGUCUGCCCAUGACUUCUUUAGCAAAUAUGCUACUGAUUGGACAAUGCAUGAAACUCAGGGCUCUUUUAAGUUAUUUUAUAAAGACACAUAUCUCUAAAUGUGUUUUUAGUCAGAAAACUGCUGUGUGCUGAGGUUCAAGCCUUGCAGCCAAUCUCACAUUUUAAUUCCCAAAGGACAUUACAGAAAUAUCCCUUUGCAGAUGGUGGGUCAGUGAUGAGGCUUGCCUGACUUCCUGCAGAACCAAGUCCCAUAAGUGGAUAGACCUAUAUAUUUAAAUUUUAUGAUACGCUGGCCAUGCUGGGCAGCUUCCAACACAUAUAAAAACAUAAUAAAAUGUCAAGAAUUAAAAACUUCCCUAUACAGGGCUGCCUUCAUAUGUCUUCUAAGAAUUUGUAGUUAUUUAUCUCCUUGUGUAGUUAUUUAUCCCCUUGGCAUUUAUGCCCCUUGGUAUCUGAAGAGAGGGUCUUCCACAGAGAGGGGGCCACUACAGAGAAGGCCCUCUGCCUGGUUCCCUGUAACUUCACUUCUUGCAGUGAGGGAACUGCCAGAAGACCCUUGGAGGAGGACGUCAAUGUGUCCAGGCUGAAUGAUGGGGCUGGAGAUGCUCCUUCAGGUAUACAGGGUCAAUGCCGUUUGGGCUUCAAAGGUCAGCACCAACACUUUGAAUUAUGCUCGGAAACAUACUGGGAGCCUAUGUACUAUAAAUCCUUUAGGGCCAGUGUUAUAUGGUCAUGGCUUUCAGUGCUUAGUAAAGUCCCUUCUGGUGGUGUGCCCAUCCCAGCUGUGUAACUCUGCCCCAGCUCCUGCCAACCUAGCAGUUUGAAAGCACACCAGUGCAAGUAGAUAAAUAGGUACCGCUGCGGUGGGAAGGUAAAUGGCGUUUCCAUGCGCUCUGGUUUCCGUCACGGAGUCCUGUUGCACCAGAAGCGAUUUAGUCAUGCUGGCCACAUGCUGGCCACCGGAAAGCUGUCUGUGGAAAAGCGCCAGCUCCCUGGGCCUGAAAGCGAGAUGAACGCUGCAACCCCAUAGUCGCCUUUGACUGGACUUAACCCUCCAGGGGUCCUUUACCUUUUACCUAUUUCAUGACUGAGAGAACUGCAAUGAUGACCCACUGAGCGUUGUUACUGACAUUCAAUGCACAGCUCCCCUGCUAGCGUAUCGUCAGAAGGGAAGUAUAUUCACGACAGCACAGAAACGGCUGCUGCUUAGCUAAGCGCAGUGUCUUCUGGCAAAGCGUGUUCUCCUUCAUGGAGAGCACGUGUUGCGGUGGAGGCAGACAAGAUACUCCAAAGUUGUGGGGCGGGCUAAUUGAUCAUUGGCCACUGUUGUGAUUGGGCUUCCCUUGUUGUUGGGAUGAAGUUAAUGUUGCCAUUAUGUGAUUGACAGCCAGAAAUGUUAAAACUCCCUGCACGAAGCGUAGAGCUUCGUCUUUUCACUCCGUGCAUUGGAUUGCCCGUCCCCCCCCCCCAUAUUUAAGGUUGUUCACAUUGACCUUGCUAUGCCUGUCAUGGGGUCGUCUGCUCUUGGGGCAGGGGCCUGGUAGGAAUUUUGUCCAUCUGGCUGAUUGGCUGGGGCCAUUUGGUUAUCGCCUACUGCGUAGCAAAUUGUCACAACUUGUAAGGCUGCGGUUAGGCAUCGGUUUAUGGUUUGGUUGGUAGAGGGGCAUGGAUUGGCUGUGCCUGCCCCUCAAACUCUGCUGCUGCAGGGUAUUCCUUUAAAGGAAUACAGGGGCUCAACAUUGCUUUUGUCCGAACCCUGUCAAGGGGCUAGGGCCACACAAGAGCGCCUGGUUGCAUUUGGGGAGGGCUGAGGGCAGGUUCCCUGCUCCGUCGCUAUCCCAAGUGUAUUCCCCUUUUCUGACUUUCGCAGGCUUGCAAAAUGUCAGCCUGUCCCCACUGGGGUCAGAUAGUCGCAAUCAAUGCCUAAGCAACCACUCACAUUUUUUGUAUUUUAAUAAAGUUGUGGCCAAAAUUAUGCCAAAAACCUUAAACAAAAAUUCUGUGGGGGGGCCACUAGGGGGCGCAUUGGAAGAUGGCCGACAAUACCAUCUCUCCGACCCACACGGGGUAAUUAAGAGGCUGUUAUGGGAGUAGGCAGCCUCCCUUGUGCCCCAAGGAAAUGGGGAACACUGCCCUUGCCUGCUGUGCCCAUAAAUCACCCCCUAAUUUGAAAGAAGGGGUGAGGGCCCUAGGCAAAAUGCCCCCCGUGUGGACAUCGGCUCUCCUGGACGCUGUCUCUGAUCACGCACUAGUUGCAGCAAUUUGGAAUAAUUAAUUACAAAAGAAGCAAAUGCACAUAUUUCAAGUGAAGAAGGGGAGUGAAGUCUGCUAAUUUAAGUGACCUCUGCGAAAGAAGACAACGGGCUGGAGAAACAGGAAUAUUUUACGAUGAAGAUACACCAAAGGCGGGGUAUGUUGACAACGGGGCUGAAUGGGGGGGAAACCUUUUUUACUUUCCUUCCAUGUGAUUUACAAGAACCCCUCCUCAUUAGAACCAUUGGUUGAACUGACCCAAGCAGGAUGAUUAAGGUCUGUGUGGAGAUAAACUUUAACCAAAAGUAUGCUUUAUGGAGACCGAGAAGCAAUAAGAGCUUUUGGGAAUGGCGCAGCAAUUAAUUCGGAGUCGCCAUCUUGCCAAAGGAUUUAUAGCUGGGAGGCAGAACGGAUUUGUUUUCAGACUGCAUUCCUAGUGAAUCUCCUCAGAGGUUUUGAGAAAGGAGGCAGAUUGGUGAAGAUUAAUGACGCUAAGACUGUUUUGAUGUAUGGAAGUGAUGUUAUAUGGAAAACGUCUGGAUAUGGCUACUGGACAAAAAAAAUAAUAUCCACGCAGGAUUACAAACUGUUCUAACCAGCUUGCGGAGACUAUCAGAGGUCACAAAGAGAAAGGAAAAAUAUAUGAAAAUAACAACAAGAGAUGUGGAAAAAUAAUAAGAAAGGACUGGAUAGUACUGUGAACAUCAUAAGGUUAGAUUUGUGGACAUUAAAACAGCAGUAAGAAGCAAGAAGUUGAUUGGAUCCCUUUGGAACUUGAAAUAUGGGUACCUCCAACAAAAUUUUAAAAUUCGGCUGUGUAAUUUGGAAUUUAUGUAAUUUGGUUUGAUUUGAUGCGAUUGGUCGGUUAAUAAAAAAAUAUUCUUAAAAAAAAACCAACAAAAAUUCUGUGUGAUGUGUGAGUUAUUUGGGGUGUCUUGGGGACCUCGACACGAAAAUGGCUUCCAAGUCUGGCUGAGUUUUGCACCGGAAAACUACUGUGCUCCUUCCAGCCAGCCCAUUCAUGCAGAGGGGGGCGGAAGGAGGAAAACAAGCUGCGUUCUGCAAAGAUCCCACAGUGACUUCUGUGGUACUCUAGGUCUUGGGGGUGGGAUGUCAGUCAGCUUCAUUAUCAGAUUGUUGUCAUGUGGCCUGCUUUUCCACAAAUGCGAAGGUAGCGCAGAAUGUCAUGCCCAGUUAGGGUCAUGAGAGGACACCCCUUAUCUGUACCCCCAGCUGCGUCGGCACUGGCUUCCUAUAUAGUCUUCUGAGAGGAAUUUGAGUGGCUGGGUUUCACAGGCUCUUUCGAGGGAUGAGUAAAGGCAUCUCCAGCUGUAUCUCUGCUGUCAGUGCCUUGUCGGUCUUGCAGCGGCCGUGGGGAAAACCUGCCCUCCCCCUGGAAGUCUGCUACUGAGCACUGGGCCUAGAGAACGAAAAUGAAGCAGCGAAGAUACUGUAAAUGGCUCCUGGCUCUCUCUCUCUCUCUCUCUCUCUCUCUCUCUCUCUCUCUGUGUGUGUGUAUUCCUUUUCCAUUAAGUGGGAACGUACAAGGAUGAAAUACUGCUGCAUAGAGGAACCAUGCGAUCCUCAGACUAAACACAGUGGUCUGUCUCUCUUAAUGGAUUUGCCGGCUUUGUUUAAAGAACUUGAAAGCUCAUUUGUUGCUGUAACCUAACCCCUCCACUUUUCAUUUCCCUCUCUAAGUUUGGCAGAGGGAACUGGGUCCUCGAGGCUCUCCUCAAUGCUGGAGAGAACAACCCAUAGCCCUGCUAUGGGCAGGUUGUGGUGUAAGUGGUUCAGAGCGGUGGACUUGUAAUCUGGUGAACUGGGUUCGCUUCCCCACUCCUUCACAUGCAGCUGCUGGGUGACCUUGGGCUAGUCACACUUCUCUGAAGUCUCUCAGCCACACUCACCUCACGGAGUGUUUGUUGUGGGAGAGGAAGGGAAAGGAGAAUGUUAGCCGCUUUGAGACUCCUUCGGGUAGUGAUAAAGCGGGAUAUCAAAUCCAAACUCCUCCUCUUCUUCUUCUUCUUCUUCUUCUUCUUCUUCUUCUUCUCCUGUCCCCAGGACCUUCUCUGACACAGGUCUUAGCCAACUUUGCCUCCAUAGCAGAUUGGAGAUCCAGUGUUAGCACAAGGAAACAAGGAUCCAAAGGGCCAGAGGCAGAUGGCAGGGUCCAAGGCAGUCCUUCCAUACCAAGUUGGCAAGGUAAAGAAAGCAGAUCCAUCUUUGUAGCUCCUUAUUGGGACUUUUUGCUCACAUUGAACAGCUGAAUGGACUUAUAAGGGCUUAUAAGACCUUAUAAGACCUAGACAGCAUCAUAAAAAGCAGAGACAUCACUUUGCCAACAAAGGUCUGUAGAGUUAAAGCUAUGGUUUUCCCAGUAGUGAUGUAUGAAAGUGAGAGCUGGACCAUAAAGAAGGCUGAUCGUGGAAGAAUUGAUGCUUUUGAAUUAUGGUGCUGGAGGAAACUCCCAUGGACUGCAAGAAGAUCAAACCUAUCCAUUCUGAAGGAAAUCAGCCCUGAGUGCUCACUGGAAGGACAGAUCCUGAAGCUGAGGCUCCAAUACUUUGGCCACCUCUUGAGAAGAGAAGACUCCCUGGAAAAGACCCUGAUGGUGGGAAAGAUUGAGGGCACAAGGAGAAGGGGACGACAGAGGACGAGAUGGUUGGACAGUGUUCUUGAAGCUACCACCAUGAGUUUGACCAAACUGCAGGAGGCAGUGGAAGACAGGAGUGCCUGGUGUGCUCUGGUCCAUGGGGUCACGAAGAGUUGGACACCACUAAACAACAACAAAGACAUUGUGUGUCUAAUUGACUUGUGGAAGCAGUUCUGCCUGUACUUUUGAGGGAGUGUCGGCUAACUUGAUUGACAAAUUAAGAAAAUUUAUCCUAUACCCACUGAAUCCUUUUGCAUCACCGGGCGAUUUAAGAACGACUGAAAACAAAAUAAAACAGUCUAAGAGAUUCUUGUACCAUGGAAGGAGUGGCUUCUAUAACAAUUGGAGGAAAUGUGCUCUGACAAAAUAAUUCUGGAGAUCAAUCAAGACUCAAAUGUCAUAUUGCGGUGUUAUGUACCAUUCAACCCAGUGUGCCCCCUCCCCCCGUUAAACUAGGUGAGAUAAUUUCUGGACUCGUUGAGUUUCAGUAGAAGACAUGUGGCAUUUAAAUGUCUCUUCAUUUCUGCAUGGCGGCUUAAAAUAAUAUUUGAGUAGGCUGAAAGCCUAGGGAGAAAUGAGUAGCUUAGACUGUUAGUCUUCAUUGAGGCUUGGUAUUUGUCUAUUUUGUUUGCCAACAGGUAUUCUGAUAUUGCUUAUUCUGUUAAAAGGGAUUUUCUUUUGUGCAUUGAACCCUCCUCCCUCCUUCCACCUCCAGUAAUAUAUAUAUAUAUAUAUAUAUAUAUAAAUCUUUUUAUUGAGUUUUUCACAAACAGAAAUAAAACAAUCUUUUACAGUCAUCCUUUUAUGUCAUCUUAUUUACACUGCGUAUAUUCACGCCCAGACUUCCUUCCUUCCCUGCUUCGGUUUUCUCAAUAUAUAUCUUCUCUUGUAGAUUCUUAUUCACUCUCUAUACACAUCACAGGAUUUAUGUUAACCCUGCUAUAGUUUUUAAACUUCUACAGUUAAUUCUUAUGUAUGUAACAAAUUUACCCCACUCUUCUUCAAACUUUGUCCCUUUUUGGUCUCGAAUUUUAUAAGUCAUUUUAGCUAAUUCUGUAUACUCCAAAAAAAUUUUUUGUGUAUAUAUAUAUAUAUAUAUAUAUAUAUAUAUAUAUAUAUAUAUAUAUAUAUAUAUAUAUGAUGAUGAUGAUGAUGAUAGAUGAAAUGCCUACUUUUGGGUCGUGCUCGAGUGGAUUCAUUCCAGACACCUUGAGACGGAUCUGACCAAUAAUCCCGCUUUUCUAGAAUCAUGAGAAAUUGGUUGGUUCAAAAGGAGAGUUAUCUCUCUUUAGGCUUCUAUUUCACUCGGGUGACCUGAUGCACUGUAGAUUACCUGCUUCUGAACAGCUCCAGCAGACUGUAAUUUUGGCAAGUGCUCUUGGGCAUCUCAGUUUUCACAGAACACAGGCCCCCUUUCGAGAAAUAGCUGCCCUUCAAGUGACUGCAGUUUGGCCUCAUUUGGUUAGGGGGUAAAAAAAAGAAAAGAAAAGAGCCACAUGUUCACUUCUCCGGAGUGAGUGGUAAAGAUAUUCCAGAGGCAGCUGUUACAGGCAUAGUUCUUGGGGGAAGGAAAAAAAAUAAUAUUGGCGACAGAUGAUCUUUUUUUCUCAAAGAAGUGCACUACAUUUAUAAAUAUAGAAAUUUAGAAAUUGAGCAUGAGGAAGCAGGCAAGCGCUGCUAAUCUGUAAAGUAGCAUUAAUGCCUGCCAGACUAAAUGUCCCACUUUUCCUUAAGAUGUCCCUGUUUUCAUCAGAGAAAUGUUGGAGCCUACGGAGUUAUGCAAGCCAAGGAGAUAAGUAACUACACAGCCUUUAGAAGACAUCUGAAGGCAGUAUAGGGAAGUUUUUUAAUGUUUGAUGUACAGUGGUACCUCAGGUUAAGUACUUAAUUUGUUCUGGAGGUCCGUACUUAACCUGAAACUGUUCUUAACCUGAAGCACCACUUUAGCUAAUGGGGGCCUCCUGCUGCUGCCGCGCCGCCGUAGCACGAUUUCUGUUCUCCUCCUGAAGCAAAGUUCUUAACCUGAAGCACUAUUUCUGGGUUAGCGGAGUCUGUAACCUGAAGCGUAUGUAACCUGAAGUGUAUGUAACCCGAGGUACCACUGUAUUAUUAUUAUUAUUAUUAUUAGUAUUAGUAUUAGUUGGAAGCCUCCCAGAGUGGCUGGGGCAACCCAGUCAGAUGGGUGGGGUAAUAAUAAUAAUAAUAAUAAUAAUAAUAAUAAUAAUAGAAUAGAAUAGGAUGUCCCUAUUUUCUUCAAAGAAAUGUUGGAGGCUAUAAUCCUGUAUAAUAUAUAUAUAACAUGUUAAAAGUACCGUAUUUUUUGCUCUAUAAGACUCACUUUUUCCCUACUAAAAAGUAAGGGGAAAUGUGUGUGCGUCUUAUGGAGCGAAUGCAGGCUGCGCAGCUAUCACAGAAGCCAGAACAGCAAGAGGGAUUGCUGCUUUCGCUGCGCAGCGAUUCCUCUUGCUGUUCUGGCUUCUGAGAUUCAGAUUUUUUUUUUCUUGUUUUCCUCCUCCAAAAACUAGGUGCGUCUUGUGGUCUGGUGCGUCUUAUAGAGCGAAAAAUACGGUAUCUUUAGAGCACAAAGAAUCCUGGAAACUGUAGUUUGUUCAGAGUGCUGGGAAUUUUAGCUCUGUGAAGGGUGAGCUACAGUUACCAGGAUUAUUUUUUGGGGGGGGUCUGGGGGUUCUUGAAACGUUUGGUGUGUAUACAGAGGUCCAUUGAGCAUCUGAACUGGGCCUAAGUAAGUUCUUUUCGCCCCCAAAAGCCACUGGUUUUCUUUACAGCCAUGCUUGUGACCAAAACAUUCAGAAUUCAGCACUAGGUCUGUUUGCAAUUUCAUUUCAAGCCAAAAUGGCAGGCUUUGAGGCAGAGGUGGAGCGAACAAUGGAGGAGGAAAUUGGGAAGAAACGCAGAAAAAUAUGAAAAGGCAGAAGAAUAAAUACAUUUAAGAUCUCUGUGCCCAAAGAAGCGAAAAGUUUUCCACACACAUUUUCGCGAAAUAACGUAGGAUCUGGCUUUGCAGGCUUACAGCUGGCCUGUAUUUAAACGAUUAAGGGAAAAGCCGCUGAUUAACCUCUCUUGGCUCAGAAGCUGACAUACAAGCAUAUUUGUUACUUGUUUGAAAAUGAUCUAAAGUCCUGGCUCCGUGCAGAAGAAGCGCUACGGGGUGUGAGGCUAAGUUGGGGUCAUGUGGAGUUACUGUUCCUCUUAGCACCGUAAGCAAAAACCGUGGCUGUGCAUUCAUCAGCGGAGAACACUACUUGAGAGGGUUAGUCCAGGGGAAACCAGCCAAUCUCUUAAUGGAGUUGUGAGGGAAAGAAAAGGAGAUACACUUUUUAUGUAGAUAUUGAUUUGCUAAAAGCAAGAGAUACCCAGGUCCCUCCUCUGAAUGCAUAAAAACCACCUAUAUUUCCAGACCCUCCAAGGAUCCCUGUUUUCCAGAGACAGUCCCGGAUUUACAAAAGCCAUCCAGGUCUCUUGAUUUGAUCCCAGAAUGUCCUGCUUAUCCUUAGGACAUCCCUAUUUUCAUUGGAAACGUUGGAGGUUAUGAAGUUAUGCGACCCCUGAGCCAAGGAGAUAAGUAACUACAGUGGUACCUCGGGUUAAGUACUUAAUUCGUUCCAGAGGUCCGUUCUUAACCUGAAACUGUUGUUAACCUGAAGCACCACUUUAGCUAAUGGGGCCUCCCGCUGCCGCUGCACCGCUGGAGCACGAUUUCUGUUCUCAUCCUGAAGCAAAGUUCUUAACCUGAAGCACUAUUUCUGGGUUAGCAGAGUCUGUAACCUGAAGCGUACGUAACCUGAGGUACCACUGUAUACAGCCUUUAGAAGACAUCCCCUGCAAAGGGGAAGUUUUUGAUGUUUAAUGUUUAUGGUGUUUUUGUAUCUUUUGGAAGCCACACAACAACAACAACAAUUUCCCAACAAGUUGUUGUUGUUGUUGUUUAGGAUACCCCUAUAUUCACUUCAGGGAUGCGGGUGGCGCUGUGGGUUAAAGUACAGAGCCUAGGACUUGCUGAUCAGAAGGUCGGCGGUUCGAAUCCCCGCGAUGGGGUGAGCUCCCGUUGUUCGGUCCCAGCUCCUGCCAACCUAGCAGUUCAAAAGCACCUCAAAGUGCAAGUAGAUAAAUAGGUACCACUCCAGCGGGAAGGUAAACGGCAUUUCCGUGCGCUGCUCUGGUUCGCCAGAAGCGGCUUAGUUAUGCUGGCCACAUGACCCGGAAGCUGUACGCCGGCUCCCUCGGCCAAUAAAGCGAGAUGAGCGCCACAACCCCAGAGUUGGCCACGACUGGACCUAAUGGUUAGGGGUCCCUUUACCUUUUUAUAUUCACUUCAUUAUUAUUUAAGAUGCCCCUCUUUCUCCCCCUCUCAGUGGGAGAAGGAUCCCAGUCCCUAUACAGUGGUACCUUGGUUGUCGAAUGGCUUGGCUCCUGAACAAAUCAGCUCCCGAAUGCCGCAAACCCGGGCGUCUAAGUGUUCCAGUUUGCGAACGUUUUUCGGAAGCUGAAUGUCCGCCGCUGCUUCCGAUUGAGGGCAGGAAGCUCCUGCAGGCAAUUGGAAGCUGUGCCUUGGUUUUCAAACCGUUUCGGGAGUUGAACGGACUCCCGGAAUGGAUUAAGUUAGACAACCAAGGUCCCACUGUAUCGUUCUCCCGGUGGCUGGGUAUCACAUGAGAGGCACCCCAGUUUUUGAACGGCAAACAGCUGAAAGGGAGAGAAUUGGACACCUUCUUCUCCUUGCUGUUGUGUCAGUCAAAUUUGCAGCUUCCUUGCAAAUUCAGGGGUGGGGGGAAGCUGUGAAGAGGCUGAUAAUGUAGCUCCUUGUAGCUCCUCUAGCCCGGCUCCUAGUUCCUGUUAUAGUUAUAGUUGUACUUAUUGUUAUUUCCUCAGGAGGUUAAUAAAGGAACAACUCCCCCUGGCCUAAAAAGGUGAUGAUGCACACGGAGCCAAAUGAUUUGCUGCCUGUCUGAAAUGCAGCAGCUGUCCAAAGCUGAUCGACUCAUCCUUCUCCAGCAGGUGCAGUCGCAGCUGGUAGAAAUGGCAAGAUAUUCUUGGGUAAGGAAGCUCAGACACUUUGGAAUAAGCUGUUCUUUCUUCCUCUGUGGGAUAUGCAGUGAUCCAAGAAUUUGUGCCUAUUGAACAAUUCUGUUCAAAAUGAUGUAGCAUCAGGGAGGACUCCCCCCCCCCAUCAAAUACACUUUGGAAGCAGUUGGAAAGGACCUUUUGAAAACGAGCUAGCAAGGCUUUUUCUUGCUCUUUUGAACAGUUCAUUGCUAUGCAUAUUUAUUUGGACAAUAAACCCUCUGUGGGUAUGUACUAGCAAAUUAUUUAUUUAUUUAUUUAUUUAUUUAUUUAUUUAUUUAUUCCCCGCCCAUCUGGCUGAGUCUCCCCAGCCACUCUGGGCGGCUUCCAAUCAAGUAUUAAAACAUGCAGAGGGUUAAAGCUUUAAAUGCACUGUGUUUUCCACUUCCAGGAAAAGAAUUCCCAGCAGUUUGGAAACUUUCCAGCUCGACUCUCACCUGAGUAUUUCAGACAGCUGUAGUAGGGAUCCCCCAAUUCUCUGGGAAGAUAAUUCACUGUUUCUUGACUUUUAAAAACCAUUCCCCUUCUUCGCCCAAUCCCAGCCCCCAAACACAACCCCUUUCCCCUGUUAUUCCCCCAAAGCCCAGCCGUAGCCAUCUGUUUGGCAAAUGAAUGCACCUGAAAGGAUAUUACAUAAGCACCUAGUUUGUUGCUAAUCCUAGAUUUUAAAUUUCUUUUACAAGUGCCUUAAAAUUACAAAUUGUGUUUAAAUAGGAUUAGACCGGGGAGGGGUGGCUGGGUAAAUGAAGGAAUACAGUUCUUUCCAAACACACUGUCAUUGUAUAUUCAUGAAUGUAGCCCAAGUCAUUGCAUUUUUUAAACUUUUAAGUCCGGUUGAUUCAAUAUCUUGGUGGAGGAGUUACCGCAAGAGAUGGACAUUCAGGGAGUGCAACCCUGAAUCUCUCCUUCUUGGUGUUGCAUACCAUCAACCAUGGUAUCCUUCUGGACCAUCUCACAGGAGCAUAAGAAGAUACUUUGACAGAUUUUGUCAUUCCUGGGAGGCAGGUCCCAGAUAGUGGUUCUCCUCCAGGGCGAUCGACUUAUGAGGUGCUGCAGGGUUCCAUAUUGUCCCCGUAUGCUUUUCAGUCACUCUGCUGUCCAGAGGUUUGGGCAUCAGUAGACUGAUGGCACUCAUCUCUCUAUCUCCCCUUUUCGCCAGAGCCUAAGGAUGCAUUAA